CUCGUUUCUUUUGUUGUUCGGCGCGACCCGUCCUGCCCCUUCCCCCUCUCUCUCCCUCUCCCUCUUUCUUUUUUUUUCCACCCUUCCUCCCAUCUCUCUCUCGCUCCAUUUCAUCCUCCCAGGGUGACGCCAGCCCCUCUCACCCCGCCCCGUCCAACUCAGUCCGCUGAGUUCAUUUCAUUCCUGCUCCCAUUCCGCGCAUAUUUCGCAUCCUUGGAGAGACGCUGCGCAUUUUACGCACUCAGCGCGCUCGAUCCUUCACCAAACCCAAACCGGGAGUCCGGCGUGGAGUUCACGGAGCUUUUCCCGAAGCGGGAGCGACUCCUAUCCCUGGGAACGUGUGGGAAUUAACCGUUAAAGAGGCGCAGAAAUCGAGGUCCCUGCUGUCUGUUUGGACAUCUUGCUGAUUUUUCUGCAGCUUCAACGGCCACUCAGGACUAUUAUUAAUCGUUAGCAUCUGGAGCUACAGCAGCACUUCACAGUUAGCAUUUAGACUCAGGUUUUAGUUGCUGGUGGCUAGUGGAGAGUUACUAUUUACAUUAGAUUUAGGUUUCAUUGUAGCUUUGACUACGUCACCAGGCUAUUAGCAUUAGCUCUGACCGCAUAUCUGCUCGUCAGUGUUAACUGUGAUCAUGCAAUGAUAAUUAGUGUUAGCGCUGGCUACACAACACCUAGUUAGCAUUAGCUCUGGCAAUACAGCAACUUGUUUAUGUUAUCUCUGACCACACAGCCGCUAUUUAGCGUGAGCUGUGACCACACAGUGGCAAGUUAGCGUCAUUUCUGACCAAACAGCAACUACCUGCAUUAACGCUGACCACACAGCAACUAGUUAGCGUUAUUUCUGACCAAACAUCAACUACUUGGGAUUAGCUCUGAUUACACAGCAGCUAGUUAGCGUUAUUUGUGACCACACAGCAGUUAGUUUGCAUUAUUUCUGACCACACAGCAGGGAUUUAGCGUUAGCUCUGACCACACAACGGUUAUUUAGCGUGACCUGGCAGUAUGGAGCGCAGUAGCUGGAGUGGCAGUGAAAGUCCAGGCGAGGACAUGGACAGACUGAGUGACUCGGGCGGGGAUAAGACUAUGGACGGGGACCCUGAAGGAGUGUGGAGUCCAGACAUCGAGCAGAGCUUCCAGGAGGCGCUAGCCAUCUAUCCGCCAUGUGGAAGACGGAAGAUUAUACUUUCAGAUGAAGGCAAGAUGUACGGUCGAAAUGAACUAAUUGCAAGAUACAUCAAGUUACGAACAGGCAAGACACGGACGAGGAAACAGGUAUCCAGUCAUAUCCAAGUCUUAGCCAGAAGAAAAUCCAGGGAAUUUCAGUCCAAACUAAAGGACCAGAAUGCUAAGGAGAAAGCUCUGCAGAGCAUCUCCUCCAUGUCUUCAGCUCAGAUCGUCUCAGCCACCACCAUCCACAGCAAACUGCUGCCAAGUAUCGUACGGACCAACUUCCCCAGCAACGCACAGCUGUGGCAGGGGAUGAUUCCUGGAGGCCAGUCCAGCUCCACCACUGAAGACAUCAAGCCGUUCUCUCAGCAGGCGUACUCGGUACAGACGGCAGGAACCACCACAAUCUCAGGCUACAAGCCUCCCGCUGCAGCACAGACACACAGGGAGCCGGCGUGGCAGGGUCGAUCCAUCGGCACCACCAAACUACGGCUGGUGGAGUUUUCAUCCUUCUUGGAGACGCAAAGAGACCAGGAGGCAUACAACAAACACCUGUUUGUGCACAUCAGCCAGACCAGCCCGAGCUACAGCGACCCCCUGCUGGAGUGUGUGGACAUCAGGCAGAUAUACGACAAGUUCCCGGAGAAGAAGGGGGGCUUGAAGGAACUGUUUGGGAAGGGUCCCCAAAACGCUUUUUACCUGAUCAAGUUCUGGGCGGACUUGAAUUAUAACGUGCAGGACGACCCCGCGGCCUUCUAUGGCGUGACCAGCCAAUACGAGAGCUCGGAGAACAUGACCAUCACGUGCUCCACAAAGGUCUGCUCGUUUGGCAAGCAAGUGGUGGAGAAGGUGGAGACGGACUAUGCCAGGUUUGAAAAUGGACGUUUUGUCUACAAGAUCAGUCGCUCACCGAUGUGUGAAUACAUGAUCAACUUCAUCCACAAACUCAAACACCUGCCUGAGAAAUACAUGAUGAACAGUGUGCUGGAGAACUUCACUAUUCUGCUGGUGGUGAGCAACAGAGACACUCAGGAGACCUUACUGUGCAUGGCGUGUGUGUUUGAGGUGUCCAACAAUGAGCACGGCGCCCAGCACCACAUCUAUCGACUGGUCAAAGAAUAACACACACACACGGCCUUUACUUUAAGAGUAACAGUGACGCCGGAGGUAAAAAAAAAAAAAAAAAAAAAUUCAGAAAACCACAAAGUGUCCCACAGCCAAACAGCAAAACACGAGAAAGAAAUCUGACUUUUUUUAAUCCAGAAGAUGAAAAUCUCUCUGCACACCAGAAUCCACCUGCCUGGUUUUUCCUGAAAACAUUCCGGCUCAUAGAUCACAGGCGUCUCCGUCUGCAGGACGCCACGUGUCUCACGCCCUGUCAACAUUUCCGUUUUGUAAAGUGGUGAUUCUGUCAAAUGCUUUGGGGAAACUCAACACACACACACACACACAAAUGAUUGACACAUUAUCUGGCGUCUGAGUCUUACGGUCACCAAGAAAAACCAGAGAUUUUGGGAAUAAAACAGUUUUGUCUGGAAAAUCUCAAAGCAACUACAGCUGGACUCUGAUCAGGCAGACACACCCACUGAGGCCGAACACUUUUUACGUUUCACACCAAUAUUUUACUGCACAAAAUUUUACUUGUUGACUCUCAAAGCAAGAGGUUCUUUGGUUCGAUUCCCCACCAAACCUCAUUCCCUUUCUGCCUGGGUUUUCAUCCCAUCCUGAAAACGUUCACAUUCCCGACAACAACCCUCACCAAGUACUCUGGCUACACACUCCCCCUAGUGGUCAGACUGUGUCAAAUGUGUAAUUGCGCUGUUCUAAAUGUACAUUUCACUACAGGGAUCAAUGAAGUGAACCUCAUUUUCCGAAAGAAAAAACAAACAAAAAAAACCCUCAGAAAUUCCAGAAUUCAAAUGUGGCUCUCAAUAAACAGCAAAA